AUGUCUGACCAGUGUGACAGCGUCAAAGAACGGCAAAAUGAAAUCAAAAAUAUGUCUAUCGGUCCGGACCUACGAGCUCGGGUUGAAACUGGCAACAGAGAUACAGAUCCUGUACUUGACAGCAGAGGGACUCCCAAGCGUCCUUGGUUGUCCAAACACUCCGGGGCGUCCCCCAGAGCCGUGGCCUGCGACCCCUUGACACGUCUGUCGGUCGCAGUCAGGAGGGACAAGGGUCCCUGUCUGACAGCCACCGCCAGUUUCACUCACCAGUCGUGGACGUCCUCCUUCUUCCGACGCCGAGAGAGUGGAUCUCGCGUGGGGGCGGCGGCGGCGGCGGCUCCGGGAGGCAGUGGCCCUAGCAUGGACGCCCGGCUGGACCAGGAGACAGCCCAGUGGCUGCGGUGGGACAAGAAUCCUUUAACUUUGGAGUCAGUGAAACAACUCAUUGCAGAAGGCAAUAAAGAAGAACUGCAGAAAUGCUUCGGGUCGCGCAUGGAGUUUGGGACAGCUGGCCUCCGAGCCGCUAUGGGAGCAGGGAUUGCUCGUAUGAACGACUUGACCAUCAUCCAGACUACACAGGGGUUUUGCAGAUACCUGGAAAGACAAUUCAGUGACCUUAAGCAAAGAGGUGUUGUGAUCAGCUUUGAUGCCCGAGCUCACCCAGCAAGUGGAGGCAGCAGCAGAAGAUUUGCCCGCCUUGCUGCAACCACCUUUAUCACUCAGGGGAUUCCUGUGUACCUGUUUUCUGAUAUAACCCCGACCCCUCUGGUGCCCUACACAGUGUCGCAUUUGAAACUUUGUGCUGGGAUCAUGGUAACUGCCUCCCACAAUCCGAAGCAAGAUAAUGGUUAUAAGGUCUAUUGGGAUAACGGAGCUCAGAUCACCCCUCCUCAUGACAAAGGGAUUUCUCAGGCUAUCGAAGACAAUCUAGAGCCGUGGCCUCAAGCUUGGGAUGAUUCUGUAAUCAAUGGCAGUCCGCUUCUGCAUGACCCGAGUGCCUCCGUCACCAAGGACUACUAUGAAGACCUUAAAAAAUACUGCUUUCACAGGAGUGUGAACAGGGAGUCCAAGGUGAAGUUUGUCCACACCUCUGUCCAUGGCGUGGGGCAUACCUUUGUGCAGUCGGCUUUCAGGGCGUUUGACCUUGUCCCUCCUGAGGCUGUUCCCGAACAGAAAGACCCAGAUCCUGCGUUCCCGACAGUGAAAUACCCGAAUCCCGAAGAGGGUAAAGGUGUCUUGACUUUGUCUUUUGCUUUGGCUGACAAAAUCAAGGCCAAGGUCAUUUUAGCCAAUGACCCGGAUGCUGAUAGACUUGCUGUGGCAGAAAAGCAAGACAGUGGUGAAUGGAGAGUGUUUUCAGGCAAUGAGUUGGGGGCCCUUUUGGGCUGGUGGCUGUUUACUUCUUGGAAAGAAAAGAACCAAGAUCCCAGCGCCCUCAAAGACAUAUACAUGUUGUCCAGCACUGUCUCCUCCAAAAUCUUGCGGGCCAUUGCCUUAAAGGAGGGUUUCCACUUUGAGGAAACAUUAACUGGCUUUAAGUGGAUGGGAAACCGAGCCAAACAGCUAAUAGACCAGGGGAAAAAUGUCUUAUUUGCAUUUGAAGAAGCUAUCGGAUAUAUGUGCUGCCCUUUUGUUCUGGACAAAGAUGGAGUCAGUGCGGCUGUCAUCAGUGCAGAGAUGGCUAGCUUUCUAGCAACUAAAAAUUUGUCUUUGUCUCAGCAGCUGAAGGCCAUCUAUGUUGAGUAUGGCUACCAUAUUACCAAAGCUUCAUAUUUUAUCUGCCAUGAUCAAGACACCAUUAAAAAAUUAUUUGAAAACCUGAGAAACUACGAUGGGAAGAAUAAUUAUCCAAAAACUUGCGGUAGAUUUGAAAUUUCUGGCAUUAGGGACCUUACCACUGGCUAUGAUGACAGCCAACCUGAUAAAAAAGCAGUUCUCCCUACUAGUAAAAGCAGCCAGAUGAUCACCUUUACCUUUGCCAAUGGAGGUGUGGCCACCAUGCGGACCAGCGGGACAGAGCCCAAGAUCAAGUACUAUUCGGAGCUGUGCGCCCCGCCCGGAGACUGUGAUCCUGAGCAGCUGAAGAAAGAACUAAAUGAACUAGUCACAGCUAUUGAAGAACAUUUUUUCCAGCCACAGAAGUAUAACCUGCAGGCAAAAGCAGAGUGAAAUAGUCCAGCCGUGGGCACAAUUACAUUUACCUACAAGAAGCUGAGUCUGAUUUCUUAAGCAUUAUUUGUGAGGGCCAGAGUAUUUCAACUGUCACUACAAGUAUUUUUUAUAUGUUUUUAAUAGACCUACAUUCCUCAUUGUUUUCUGUUUGAUCGUUAACGU